UUGAUCAAAUUCAUUUUGAUGUUUAGAUUUGAGGACAGCUCAAGAAAAGAGGCUUCAAAAUAGUUCAGACAAGACAAAAACAAAGAGAGCAAGCAGGGAAGGAGGGAGCGGAGAAAAAUGCGACCGCCCUCACCAGAGGCAAGACAGAAUGAAUGAACUUCUACCAAUACAGUUUUUGUCUGGAACAAGGAGGCAGACAGCGCAUUCUUGAGCCUCAAGAGGAAUUUCAGUUCCGCUCCCAUCCUGGUACACCCUGACCCUGACAAGCCGUUCACGGUGGAAGUAGAUGCAUCUGAUUCUGGGAUUGGAGCAGUAUUGUCCCAAAGAGCUAAUGAGAAUAAUGUUUUGCACCCUUGUGCGUUCUUUUCCAGACGCCUAACCCCAGCCGAGAGGAACUAUGAUGCAGGGAACCGAGAACUGUUGGCCGUCCACGAAGCUUUGGUUGAAUGGAGACACUGGCUGGAGGGGGCUAAACAUCCGUUCCUGGUCCUGACCGACCACCGCAACCUUAUUCACAUCCGUUCCGCAAAGAGACUUAAUGACAGGCAAGCACGCUGGUCACAGUUCUUCGGUCGAUUCAAUUACACUCUCACCUACAGACCCGGUUCACGCAAUGGCAAGGCUGACGCUCUUUCGCGGAUCUUCUCUGAGGAACCCACAACUAGACAAACUGCAGAGACCAUCCUUCCCCCGAACCGCAUCUUCGGGAUGGUAACUUGGGAAAUCGAGGGCCUGGUCAGGACGGCGCUACGGUCCGACCCUGGUCCUGGGAACGGACCCCCCAAUAGACUUUUUGUUCCGCAACCCUUAAGGAGCAAGGUACUCGACUGGGCACAUUCAAGUCUGUUUACAUGUCAUCCCGGAAUCCACAGAUCGCUAUCAUUCAUUCGACACCGCUUCUGGUGGCCUUCCAUGGAGGUGGAUACUCGCGAAUUCAUCGCCGCCUGCUGCAUCUGCGCCCGGAACAAGGCAGACCACUGCCCUCCUGCUGGACUCUUACAUCCCCUUCCGAUCCCGAGUCGACCUUGGUCACACAUCGCUCUUGAUUUUAUUACUGGACUUCCCCCCUCUAAAGGUAACACCACAAUCCUCACCAUAAUCGACAGGUUUUCCAAGGCGGCCCAUUUCAUACCCUUGCCCAAACUCCCAUCCUCGGCCGAGACCACAGAACUGCUCGUUCAGCAUGUGGUUAGAAUUCACGGGAUCCCCACCGACAUUGUGUCUGAUCGUGGUCCCCAAUUUAUUUCCCGGGUCUGGCAAGCUUUCUGCAAGGGGAUUGGAGCCACGGUCAGCCUGACUUCUGGCUACCACCCCCAGAGCAAUGGACAAGCGGAAAGGGCCAACCAGGGGGUGGAGACCAUGCUGCGCUGUAUGGCUGCUCAACAGCCCAACUCCUGGUGCAAGUUCAUUCCAUGGGUGGAGUACUCCUUUAACUCCAUGACCUGGAGUUAACUGGUAUGUCCCCUUUUGAAUGCUGGCAAGGUUUUCAACCUCCUCUAUUUCCCUCCCAGGAGAUCGAAGUGGCAGUUCCUUCCACCAGAGCUCACCUGAGACGAUGCCGCAAGGUGUGGAGGUCUGCCCGCGCUGCCUUAUUGAAGGCAUCUGAGAAGAUGCGUCGUAACGCCAACCGGCGGCGCAUCCCAGCUCCCGACUAUCAGCCCGGACAGCAGGUGCUGUUACGGGCCAAGGACCUUCACUUCCCGAUAUCCUCUCAGAAGUUAGCACCACGUUUCGUUGGACCUUUUACAGUCAGAUCCAGAGUCCAUCCUGCCGCAGUUUGCCUGGACCUUCCUGGGUCCAUGAGAUCCCACCCGGUGUUUCACGUGUCUCAGGUAAAACCAGUAACCAACAGUUCACUGUCGCCCCCCAUCCCUUCCCCCCCUCCGCCUAGGGUUCUCGAGGAUGGGGACCAGGUGUGGACCGUCAGGGAGAUUCUCAAGGUCCGACGACAAGGAAGAGGAUGGGUCUACCUCGUGGACUGGGAGGGCUAUGGACCUGAGGACAGAUCAUGGGUCCCGGCUUCUUACAUCGCCGACCCUUCCCUUAUUGAAGAUUUUUACCGAACUCACCCUGAGGCACCCCGAAGCUCGUCGGGAGUCUCGCAUAAGGGGGGGGUCCUGUUAUGGGUCACACUUCUGCUGCGUCUCCUCCUGUUGCGUGCCCUGACGAGCGCACCGCAGGCCACGCCCACGGGCGCUCUCUCUCUGCUGCAAGCGCGCUUCCGCGCGGCUGCAAACGCUCGGCAAUCUACGCACCUGUCCAUGAUGAGCGAUCAGCCUUCUUAAACCAGCGCAACCUGAGAUCCGACGCCAGAACGUAGCUUCUCGUAUCCAGUACACUCCCCGUCAUCCUUCCUCGUGGUCAAGCUGUGUGCUUUGUCACUUUGGACCUCCCUGUGGAACCCCCUUGCCUUCCUGGAUUUUCGACCUCACGCCUGUCACCCGACCACGACGCCGCGCUCCUGUCCUUGACUAUCCGCCUGUCCUCCGACACUCGAGCCUGCCUUGCCCUUAUUUGGACUUCCGCCUGGAUCAACACUCACCUUCAACACCCUCUGACAACCACGCUCAGAUAAGUGCUCACAUUUAGUCACACCACAUCUCUUUGGUUUAAUUACACAUCUCAUUUACACACC